UCCGCAGUCUCCCCGCGGUCUCCGCCCCCGGUCUGCCUGAAUGGGAACACCCAGAGCGGGAUCCCCGGCAUUCCUGGCAUCAUUCCCAAAUACAGCACAGCCGGACAAAACAACGUCCUGAAGCGUGUUUUCAUUGAGAAAAGCGGCGUAUUGCAGAUAACAUAUUUGACUGCAAUGUUACACCUGCCGCAGGAUGUUGUCUCUAGAUCUGGAAACUGAUACUACUGCGGAGGACACCGCGCCGAGCUCCCCAGAUGGAGGCGCGGAGACACCGGCCAGCCUCGAUGUGCUGGAAGAGCAAUGGCCAAUAAAGCAGUCCCUGAGUGCCUCUAUGUGCCGCGAGACGCACUGGCGAUGCCUUCUCCUUUCACUGCUCAUGUUCAGCUGCCUGGGAGCCGUGGCCUGGUGUCAGCUCACACAGGUCACCAAGCUGAGCUUCGAUUCCUCCAGUACUUCCCUCACAGCCUCAAUGAACUCUCUUAGAGGAGGAGGUCGUGCCAUGAUAUACCACGAUAGCCCUUGCUCUGACGGUUAUGUGUACAUCCCCUUGGCCUUCCUGCUCAUGCUCUAUGCCGUUUACAUUAUGGAGUGCUGGCACUGUCGUGCCCGCAGCGAGUUACAGUGCAAGACCAACGCUGAGAGCUUGUACGAAAGGGUUCUGCGCAUGCGUCAAGCCCGACCGUGCGUCUGGUGGAAAGCCAUCAGUUACCAUUUCGUACGCAGGACUCGACAAGUGACGCGUUACCGGAAUGGAGAUGCCUACACGACCACGCAGGUUUACCACGAGCGUGUGAACACACAUGUGGCAGAGGGCGAGUUCGACUACAGCCACUGCGGAAUGAGAGACAUCUCGCGCAACUUGCGUGGGCUGGAGGCACACGUGGCGACACGGUUACAUUUCUCCAAGUGCUUCAGUUUCACAGGAGCAGGGCCUGAAAAUGCUUACCUCAACCAACGCGCCAGGUUCUUCUCGGAAAUCGAGGGACUGGAUGAUUACAUGGAAGCCCGCGAAGGCAUGCUACUGAAGAACGUCGACUUUAAAGAACACCUUAUAGCUUAUGUGGAUCCCGACCAAUUGCCGUGGUACACCUCGCGGGUGACCUUCUGGUUGGCAGCUCUCCUCAUGCUCUCCUGGCCACUGCGAGUGCUGAUCGAGUACCGGACGGCGUUUGUGCACUACCAGGUCGAGAAACUCUUCGGACUAGAGUAUAGCAAUGACAGCCCGUCUCCAGAGGCAGAUGCCACCACGAGGAACCUUCCAAGAGUAGAAACCGUCGAGAGUACGGAGCUGGAAUGGCACAUUCGCUCAAACCGCCAGCUUAUACCAAGCUACUCGGAGGCCAUGCUAAUGAACCUGGGGACUUCUGGGUCAAACCACAGAGACAGCAUUUCCUCCAACCGCUUGCUGUUGGAUAGCUGCUCAGCGCAGAGCUACGGGACAUUGGUGCAGAACUGUGAGCACUGUUGCCAACGGGAAGGCGGGCGAAGACGGCCGACCAUCAGCUCUAGCUGUUCCUCCAUCUUCUCUCGCCACACCUUCCACUCCCGUGUGUCCCUGGACACCUCGCACUUCUCGCUGUGCCGCAUGUAUGGCUCUAGGCGCACCAUGGGACUGUGGAGGAGCCGCAGUAGUACACUUACAGAGCGCUGCUGCCCCGAUGAGCAGUGCUGCAGGUCUUACACCAGUCAGCUUGCACUUAACGACAGCCCGCCGAACUACCAAGACGCCCGCUUCUUCCCAGUCCUUAUUGUACAUCGACCUGAGGGCUGUGGAGACUCCUCUGAGGUGAGGAGGUAUUAUGUUCGCAGAGGCUCCUGUUGUGUGGAGACUUCGGUUUAAAAUGGCUUGAAGUGGUCGAUAGAAAAAGUUUGUUAAGCAUUAUUAUUUGCACUAUGCAGAAAGUGGACUUGAUGCCGAACGGAUGAAGUUUAUUCUCAUGAACUUUGUCUUGCUCAUGUGCAAAACUGUGGCUUGUUCAGUGCAGCACUGAAGACUUUUUCGUUUACAUUUUGAUUUCAACUGAAGGGCUGGAUUGGAAUUAUCAAUAAAUAGAACAAGCUCUUCAUACUAUUUAUGAACAGUUGGCUGACAAAUACUGUAUGUCAGUUUUAAUAAAUGCAUUUAAAAGGAGAUCUAUUAACAAACACAUUACAUUUUAAGUUAAAAACAUGCAUUGCUUGUUUGUGGCCACUGAAUGUAAAGGUAAUGACUACUGAUUUGCUCAAAGGACAUAAUUAAGAGAGAAAAUUUAUUCAAUAGCUGCCAUUUUGCCUUUGUUACUAAUCUGAAAUUGUUUUUAAAGAAAUAAAUAGAUCAAAUAGAUUAAA